GGGUUUCGUACAAACCUUCCAGAAAUAGCCUACAGCCCACAGAACCGUCAAGGAAGAAUAGGUCUACAUCAAAUGAUCAUGAACUUUAAAAUCAUUUGCAUAUCUCUGGACAGACAAGAUUUGAAACUGAUGGUUGUGGUUUUCUUGAUAAAUAUGUGGGUUUUUAUACGCUAAGAAAUAAAUUUAAUUCCCCUCCACUGCGAUCAGCUCUGGAAGAGCCGUAAGAGAAUACACAUCAUUAACCGAACCGAGGUUUUUUUGUGUGUGUUCCUGCCGGGAUUUGAACGUCAAUCACUUGUCUUGUUAAACGAAGUCUCUUCACCGUUCUUGUUUGGAGCGCCGUCAAAUUGACGGGGGAUCGUAAGAACAACAAUUUCGCCAAGGAUGACGUCUCUGAGUGGAGAGUGUUGUUCAACACGGCCGUCGUGAAUUACCAGUCCAGAGGAGCGAGGAGAUCUUCAGACACACCUAACAACCCUCGAGGCCGCGACAAAAGACGCUCCUUCUCGACGUGUUCGACAGCCGGAAUCAAGUCGGCUUGCGGUCCUUUCAGUUUUGUCUUUUCAUCACCUUGUUGACGUUAUUACAGAGCGUUACACGAACGAUGAAUAUACAGAUUCCUAUAGAGUCGUUCCUUGUGGUGCUUCUACUGAAACUAGUACAGACUGAAGAUAAAAGCACCAUUCAUGGCCAGUGGUCUGAGUGGAGCGAGUUUUCCGCGUGCUCCGUGACGUGUGGAUCCGGAACUUACCGAAGAACACGUCACUGGAUGCCGAGCCCUAACGAACCAGCGAGUCUGGUUAAUUUUACUUCCACACAGGAACUUCCGUGCAGCUUUAAAGAUCACAUGCUUUGUCCAGUGGAGGGAAGGUGGAGUUACUGGAGUGGCUGGAGCGCGUGCUCACGUGCGUGCGGAGGCGGUACGAAGAAGAGAACACGCACGUGUAACAGUCCUAGGCCGGCGUAUGGCGGGAAGGCCUGUGAUGGGGAGAACUGGGAGGGAGAGGAUUGUAACCAACUCCCCUGUCCUCCAUUACCUGCCCACUUCAACGUGUCGGCGUGCACCAAGGAAUACUUCAUGUGUACAAGUCAUAAGAUGUGCGUCAAACUAGAAAACUAUUGCGAUGAGAUAGUUCAGUGUCACGAUGGCAGUGACGAAGACAGUUGCUAUGACAACAAUAUAAACUCCGUCCGUUACCGAUUUUCGAAGGGUGCAAGUGAACGGUUAUAUCUCUCUGGUUCAUUGCUGGUCGGUACCCUGGUUAGCAAGAUUUUACAAGUCUGGCUAUAACGAUAUGACGUGUAUGUUAUACUUAAAGCGAAAAAACAAAAAUGGGUCUCAAUCAAUUCAUAAAUCAACGUCGACCAAUCGUGAAAGGAGGAAUCUUGGAGGUCACAAUAAAGUCGGUACAUGUAUAUGGGAAAUGACUGAUUCGGAGACCUUGGAACAGUGAAUGAUUCAAUGGGCUCAGAAUGAUGACGGAUUUAAUGGCCUCAAAACUGAAUUAUUGAAUGAUCUCAAAUACUGACUGAUUUAAGGGCCUUAGAACAGUGACUGAUUUAAGGGCCUUAGAACAGUGACUGAUUUAGGGGCUUCCCUACAAUGAUUAAUUGAGGGCUUUAGAACAAUGGUUUAGAACAAUAACUAAUUUAAUGGCCUCAAAACACUGACUGAUUUAAGGGCCUCAAAACACUGACUGAUUUAAGGGCCUCAACACUAUGACUGAUUUAAGGGCCUCAAAACAAUGAUUGAUUUAAGGGCCUCAAAACACAGACUAAUUUAAUGGCCUCGAAACAUUGAUUUAAUGGCCUCAGAACGAUAACUGAUUUAAGGGCAUCAAAACAGUGACUAGUUUAAUGGCCUCAGAACGAUGACUGAUUUAGAGGCUUCACAACAAUAAACAAUUCAGGGGCUCCAAAACCCCAAUUCGUCUAACUCGGAAUACCACUAUUUCACUCAAAAACUUAAAAUGUGUUACAAUGUUACUGAUCUGGUGUCACUUGCAUUCAAAAUCAAAUUACAUCCCUGCGUUCAGAAUCAAUGACGUUACAAGACGCUCGCUGUAUAGGGUUUUGCAUUUCUAUUGAAUAUGACAGAGAGGGAAUCAGAUAAAUUGUCAGCGGGCGAUCGUCAUACAUCUUAUAUACUGAACGCACCCCUGGGAGUUUGGGCCCUACGUGUUACAGAACGCUAUGGUCCCCACAUAUUAUCACACAAAAGUAUGGAACAAUGAUGUAAACAGAUACAUUUGUGGAACGAUGUGAAAUGUGUAGUGGAAUAUAUGUGGAAUGUGAAGAAGAAUGUCUGUGGAAAUGAGGAAAUGAUGUGAAGAGGAAGAUUCGUGGAAUGUAAAUUGUGAUAUAUGGGGAGAUAAGACCAGAGUAACAGUUAAGGAAUGUAUGGAGGGAAUUUUUGUGAUAUUGACUGAACAGAGACAUUUGUUGAAUGGUGUGAACAGGAAUCAUUGUGGAAUGAAUUGAACAGGGACAUGUGUGAAAAUUAACAUUUGUGGAUUGACGUGAAAAGGAAUAUUUGUGGAAUUAAUUGAACAGGGACAUUUGUGAAAAUGAACCUCUGUGGAAAGGUGUGAUGAAGCUACGCGAAUUCUGUACAAGACGGUGGAAUCAUACAAAUGGACAAUUCAAUUAUAAUAGUAAUGCGUGUACUGAACGUGUGAAAAUUUGCACCUCAUCCAGUGCUGACAUCUGUGAUUAAUAUACGGAAUAUAUUAGAGGGACUGUGGAUUUUUGUUGGGGGGGGGGGGGGGGGGGGGGGGGGGGGGGGGGGGGGGUGGGGGGGGGGGGCUGCUGAGUCUUCACAAUCAUUUUAUUCUAAUUGUUAUUUUAAGCAGGUUUUUGUUUUCUUCUAUUAGUGAAGACAUCAACACGCGAUUUGCUCAUAAAUGCGAACGGACGUCAAAACCAUUGGCACGAGUAUGCUCGAUUCUAUGCACAAAACAGAGUGAAAGGGGUGUUUGGCAAGUCGGCGAUUAUGUGUCGAGUACAGCAGACCUAACAUUCUCUAGAAGACAGUAUUCUUCCAUUUCGAUCUGGAAAAGAACUGACUCUCUAAAGUCGCGGCCUCUCAACUAUUCAACGUUAGUCGGUGAACAAUACCGCUCCGGCACAUCGAAAGGUCAAGGACAGCAGUCUGUUAAGAGCAUUAGUUCCGCAGCUACACUAUACAGUGCUAUAUAAAGUUAUUAAUAUAUUUAUACAGGCAGGUCCAUUAAGUAUUCGGCGCUGUUUGGCCAAAUUUGGCCCAAUUUGUUCAAGUUUGUUAUUUAUUAGUAUUAUUUUUGUAAACUGUAAAACGCAGAUUCAAAAAUUAAUGUUGGUUCGUAUGUAUUAGUAUUGAAAUUCUUGAUUUGAUUAAAUUAUAUAAUUGAUCAAGUUAUAUAUUUGAUGCGAUUGAAACGAAUUUUGAAGUUGAAUAUGUUAAUUUGGGUUCACACAUAUUUAAGAUCUAUAAUAGUUAUAUAUUUGAUUUAAAUAAAAAGCAUUUUGGAGUAGAAUGCUUAAAAUAAAAUUUAUUUGUCUUCAGUUGAGAGGUUUUGUAUAAAGUACAUGGUACGCUAAGCCUAGACGAAAGAAUACAGAAUUUAAGGAUACAUAAGCUUGUCCAUAAGUUUAGAAUAAGCUCUGAUGCAAGGUCACACGAUAAGUACAUGUACUUCGUAUUAGCAAUUAAGACUUAUAACAAGUUGCUUCGACAAAGAGGGAAUGUGUAACAGGGUAAAAGUCAAGCGACAAUCUUUCUCAUGGACAUAUACCAUAGCUUCUGAUGACUAUGUGUCAGAAUUAUCAAAUGUAUGACAUCAAUAGCUGAUGAUUAAUUACCAGUAAUCAAAGUGCUCCAAGAGUGUCGUUAAACAAAACAAACUUUUAUACCAUAGUUCCACUACUACAGUGGAUUCUUUGAGGACUUUCUGUUACACUAUAACUAAUGAAAAUGGCUAAAAAAAAAAAAACUAUUAAAAAACUGCAGUUGUGUAAGAUUAAGUCUAAAGUGUAUUGUUUUGUUAUAAAAACCAUUAAUAUACUUCUAAAACAAUAUUGGGAUGAAUAUACGAA